AUGCGCAGUGACAAAAGCGCGGGUCAGAACAUUUAUUCAGAUCUCGAAUAUGCAUUAUAUUACAGCUCACCCCUUUCUGAACGACUUACUACCAUCGAGCCUCUGUUGUGUAGCGUGCAGUCAAGUGAGGCAGUAGCGAAAAAGAAGCUCAUGAAUUUUUUGUAUUUUAUUCAUCCUAACAUUGUUGAUAACCUGACAUCAUCAGCUGGAGUCACUGUUGGUGAUCCUGUAUUAAGGACUGGGAAGCCAUUGUCAGUAGAAUUAGGACCAGGUAUAAUGGGUAGCAUUUUUGACGGGAUCCAGCGGCCACUGAAGGAUAUUUGUGAAAUGACUCAAAGUAUUUACAUUCCUCGUGGUGUGAACACAGACAGUUUAAGCAAAGCUACACAGUGGGAUUUCAGCCCUAUGCAGCUUAAGGUUGGCACUCAUGUAACCGGUGGCGAUAUUUUUGGAACUGUUCAUGAAAAUUCUUUAAUUAAACAUAAGAUAAUGCUCCAUCCAAAGGCUCGAGGGACGGUCACUUAUGUUGCAGAAGCCGGAAGUUAUAAUAUCGAUGAUGUAAUAUUAGAAACUGAAUUUGAAGGAGAGAAGACAAAACACACUAUGUUACAGAUUUGGCCGGUCCGUCAGAUGAGACCAUGUACUGAAAAACUGGCAGGAAACCAUCCUCUUCUCACUGGUCAACGAGUCUUAGAUGCAUUGUUUCCUUGUGUCCAGGGUGGAACUACAGCUAUUCCAGGUGCUUUCGGCUGUGGUAAGACUGUCAUCUCGCAGUCGUUGUCAAAAUAUUCCAAUUCAGAUGUUAUUAUUUAUGUUGGGUGUGGCGAGAGAGGAAACGAAAUGUCAGAAGUACUUAGAGAUUUUCCUGAGUUAUCUGUUGAAAUUGGUGGUGUUGUCGAGUCGAUUAUGAAACGUACGGCCUUAGUUGCAAACACAUCAAACAUGCCUGUGGCAGCAAGAGAAGCUUCGAUUUACACAGGAAUUACAUUAUCUGAAUAUUUCCGUGAUAUGGGUUACAAUGUGAGUAUGAUGGCAGAUUCCACCUCACGAUGGGCUGAAGCACUGAGAGAAAUCUCUGGUCGUCUUGCAGAAAUGCCUGCAGACAGUGGCUACCCAGCUUAUUUAGCUGCCAGGCUAGCCUCGUUUUACGAGCGUGCAGGAAGAGUGAAGUGCCUAGGAAACCCAGAAAGGGAAGGCAGCGUCAGCAUUGUUGGUGCUGUGUCCCCACCUGGCGGUGACUUUGCAGAUCCUGUCACUUCAGCAACUUUGGGUAUUGUUCAGGUCUUUUGGGGGCUGGACAAGAAGCUUGCCCAACGAAAACAUUUCCCAUCUAUUAACUGGCUGAUUAGCUACAGCAAAUACAUGCGUGCACUUGAUGAAUACUACGAGAAGAGUUACCCAGAGUUUGUUCCACUCAGGACAAAGGUUAAAGAAAUAUUGCAAGAGGAAGAAGACUUGUCAGAAAUUGUACAGCUAGUCGGAAAGAGCUCACUGGCAGAAGCUGAUAAGAUUACUUUGGAAGUUGCAAAAUUGAUCAAAGAUGACUUCCUACAACAGAAUGGCUAUUCACCUUAUGAUAGAUACUGCCCUUUUUACAAAACUGUUGGGAUGUUGACGAAUAUUUGCGCUUUUUAUGACGCCGCAAGACAUGCUGUUGAAACGACGGUACAUUCUGAUAACAAGAUCACGUGGGCUAUCAUCAAAGAGCAGAUGGGUGACAACAUUCUUUAUCAGUUAAGCAGUAUGAAAUUCAAGGAUCCAGUCAAAGAUGGAAAGAAUAAGAUACUAAAUGAUUAUCGGGAAUUGCAUGACCAAAUGCAGCAAGCAUUCAGAGGUCUGGAGGAAUUCUGAAUACCCAAUGGAGAAUUAGUAUAAUGGGAGACAGAAUAUAAAUGGAAUUUUAAUAUGCAAUUUGCUUUAAAUAUUUUGUAAAACCAGUCGUAGAGUCUCGAAUAAAAGUAAGUUUAUCGGUAUAGUCCUAAGCUCGAGAUUGCAUAAGCAAAUGUUUAAGUUGUUGAAUUUCUUUCCAUUUGGGUGUGACGUAGAACGACACCGUUUUAUUCAUGUCGGAACGUAUGUGGUUUAAUGUCGCAUACAUCAAGUUCAAUGACAGUUUAGUCGGCCCAAGUCUGUUCUCAAUCGUAAAUCAAGCCUUUGAACACUGAACGGUCUACUUUGCUGAUAAACUCAACCCGCAGUAAAGCUAUCAAACAUUAAGUUUAGUUUCCUAUAACUAUGGCUAUUUUAGCUGGCAACUCGGUUAGUAAUCAUAGAUAGUGUGUUUCUGGUCACAUUUUCACUUCGACUGGGUUUAUUUGUUUAUGCAAUAUAUGUUAUUUUACUCCGAGCUAAAAUGUGAUAAAUGUAUUUAAUUUUGGUAAACACUAUUUUAUUAGAAUUAUGUAUCUUUGAUUUUCCAUCAUCAAAAUCAAUUUAUUCCUCGA